UGGGUCCUUCUCCGGUGCAUGGGUCGCAGCCCCGCCUGCGGCUGGGCGUCCCGGUUUGGUGCGGGCGCCUCGGAGGACGCUGUGAAGCACCCCUCCCCUCCCCGGCCCCCCCGCCGCCCGCGGGACCGGGCUCUGGCGCAGUGGGGCCCGGAGGCGGCGCAUCCAACCGCGACAUUGGCAGUCGUGCUCGGGUCCUGACCUCCGCCCUCCUGGGGUCCCCAGAGCCCAGAAGAAGCAGGAAAUGGCAGACGAGGCACUUUUCUUGCUUCUCCACAACGAGAUGGUGACUGGCGUCUACAAGUCCGCGGAGCAGGGGGAAGUGGAAAAUGGAAGGUGCAUUACUAAGCUGGAGAACAUGGGUUUUAGAGUGGGACAAGGAUUGAUAGAAAGGUUUACAAAAGACACUGCAAGGUUCAAGGAUGAGUUAGAUAUCAUGAAGUUCAUUUGCAAAGAUUUUUGGACCACUGUUUUCAAGAAACAAAUUGAUAAUCUAAGGACAAAUCAUCAGGGUAUCUAUGUGCUUCAAGACAACAAAUUUCGACUCCUGACUCAGAUGUCUUCAGGAAAACAGUAUUUAGAUCAUGCACCUAAGUAUUUAGCAUUUACAUGUGGCUUAAUCAGAGGUGGCUUAUCAAAUUUGGGAAUAAAAAGUAUUGUGACGGCUGAAGUGUCAGCAAUGCCAGCAUGUAAAUUUCAAGUGAUGAUACAGAAGAUGUAGCAUGUUCUCAAAUGCUUCUACGAUAUAAAGAAAUUACUUUAUUCAUGUAUAAAGAUUUUUGAGUAGUUAACUUUUGACUUACUGGCAUUGUCAUAAGUUUCUACAGUACAUUGAUUCAUGUAAGCUAUAUGUUAAUUUAUUAGAUGAUGUAAUAUUCACUCUCAAAUAAAAUUACCAUACAAUAGUUUAUAUAUUAUCUGAUAGAAUGGGAGAGUUUCAAAGAAAAUUUUACUGAGACACUACACUGCACCUGUAUUACAGUAUGCCACAUGCAACUUUUAUUUCAUGAAAAAAGUUAUUAAAUAAGCACACAACAAUGUAAAAAUA